GGCUGCAGCGAACCCAAAAGUUGUGGCCUGUAGAAAAGAAUGACAGUCACCUAGCGCAGGUUUGGCCGCAACGGUCACACCCACUUCCCUAACGCAUUCCAACAGAGAGUUUAAAAGACUUGCAGAUCGAAAAAAAAAUUUCUGCAUUUGCAAAUACCAUGGCGACCACAUCAGAUUCGUGGCCAAAACUCUUCACAUGGGUCGAUUACCUUCUUUUCGCUGUGACUCUCCUGGUGUCAUCACUGGUUGGUAUUUACCACGCUUGGCGAGGCGCCAGUGAUUCGACCUCUGAGUACCUGAUGGGAGGAAGAAAAAUGCCUAUAUUCCCUGUAGCUAUGUCUCUUGCCGCCAGCUCAAUCUCUGCAACGACACUUCUAGGUGCACCAACAGAGGUUUACCUCAAUGGAACGAUGUAUGUUUGGUUAACUGUAUCUGCAGUUCUCUCGAUCGCCGCUGCAACUCAUGUGUAUUUACCCAUUUUUUACCGAUUGAAAAUUGUUUCAGCAAAUCAGUAUUUAGAGAUCCGAUUCAAUUUGGUGGUAAGACGCCUCGCAUCAGUGUUAUUCGUGGUGAAGCAGUUGUUAUAUCUAUCUAUUGUGGCAAUUGGACCUUCUUGGGCCCUAAGACAAGUGACCGGAAUUCAUACCUUGGCAUCAGUUGGCAUUUUAUUCGCCGUCUGCACAUUUUACACAGCAAUAGGUGGAAUCAAAGCUGUUGUAUGGACGGAUACCAUCCAAUUUGUAAUGAUGUAUGGUUCAAUUAUCAUUCUCAUAAUCAAAGGAGUAUACGACGUUGGAGGUUGGGGACCAGUUUGGGAGCGUAAUUACAACACGUCCCGUAUCGAACUAUUGAACAUUGAUAUCGACCCUACAACUCCGCAUACGGUUUGGUCACUUGUUAUUGGAGGCUUCUUCUACUGGAUGAGUUGGUAUGCAGUCGAUCAGACCACUGUUCAACGUUUCCUUGUGAUGAAAACCCUACGUAAAGCAAAAAUAUCUAUGUGGAGCAAUUUGGUCGCUGUGUGUGGCAUUAUUCUUCUUUGUGGUGUGGUUGGUUUAGUCAUGUACUCGAAGUACUUUGAUUGUGAUCCGUUAACUGCCAAGGUUAUCGACAAAGCAGAUCAGAUUGUGCCAUUCUUUGUCAUGGAUGUUCUUGGUGAUUUUCCGGGUCUUCCAGGACUUUUUGUUGCUGGCAUUUUCAGUGGUGCGCUCAGCACUUUAUCAAGUGUCCUUAAUGCAGUAGCCCUUAUAGUUCUGGAGGAUUUUAUUCGACCCGUCUUUCCAAACAUGCGAGAGCGGACCGCCACUCGUGUUGUCAAAGGAGUGUCAUUUGUAUUUGGAGUUCUUAGUUUCAGCAUGGUUUUUCUUGUAGCUCAAAUCAAAACCAUUUUAGACGCAACUUUGAGUUUUGAUGGCGCUAUGGCUGGAUCGAUAUUAGGCGUUUUUACUCUUGGCAUCUUCGUUCCCUGGGCUAAUCCCAUCGGAGCUGCAGUGGGUAUGCUUACUGCAUUUGGAUUUAUGAUGUGGCUCGGAUUAAGCGCGCAAAUUGCUAAAUCCAGUGGAGUUGUCCAUAACAGUCAAACCAAAUCCUUCAGCAUAGAAAAUUGUCCCGCUUAUAACGAAAGUUUCGGUUCUUUACCUAUAAGCCCAAAUUGGGGCAAUUCGUCGAUUCCCGAUGAGCAGCAGGCAGUCUUUAUUCUGCUAAGGAUUUCUUAUCUGUGGUACACAGUGAUUGGAAUGCUUAUUGCCCUUGUACUUGGAGCGCUAGUCAGCCUGCUCACUAAUGCAUUAAACACUGUUUCGCGAUCCAUUGAUAUGCCUGCCGAACAACUUAGAGACCGCACUGUUAUUCGUAAACUUUCUACUGCUGAUGAAAACCGUGUGACCGGUUCCUUGCUUUGAAAAUUUCUUGGGAAGUUAAAAAUCAUACUAGGAGGUAUAGCCAAGAUCUACGCAUUCUGAACAAAAGUUUGCAACAAAACCAG